AUGAUCAAUAUGUCGACUGCAGCAGCUAACCGACAGUACUUUGAUGCUAUCACCGACACGUACGACAGCAAGCCUUUCUUCGUCAAAGUCAACCAAGUUGUCACCGAUGAUCUGCGUAACCGCCUCGACUGGAUCGGAAUCCCCUUUGCCAACACAGGAUCAAGCUCACAUGCUCAAAGCGUGAGGCAACUUGACUAUGCUUGCGGGACAGGACUCAUGUCGCGGGUCUUCGGUCCCUACGUUACAGAAACACGCGGCAUCGACGUAUCCCCCAACAUGGUAGCCUCAUACAACGCCCGUGCGCGCGCCGCUGGCCUUUCCGCUUUCACCAUCAACGCCGUCGUUGGGGACUUAUUCGAUACACAAAAUCCCUCCCCUACCGGUGCCGAAUGGGAUGGUUUUGAUCUUGUAACUGCGAGCUUCGCAUUUCACCACUUCGAGGAUGUGGUGCAUGCUGCGAAAAGUUUAAAGGACAGACUUAGACCUGGCGGAGUGCUCAUGAUCAAUGAUUUUCUUGAAGGUGGCGAUUUGAAGGCUGAUGAGAAGGGUGAGCCGAUUGAGGGGACGGAGGGCACGUGGGCGGCACAUCAUCACCAUGGCCACGAGCAUGGAAAGAAGGAGCACGGUGUUCAUCACCACCAAGCUGCGCAGGUAGAUGAGCCAGGCUGGGACCGCGCGAAGAUGGCUGCCUCGGUUGUCGUCCCUAGCUUCACCGUCGAAGCCGUGAGGAAGUUCUUCACAGAAGCAGGACUGGUCGAUGUGGAUGUCGUGAUGAUGGAUAAGAGAGUCUACGUGGAAAUCGCUGGCCAAAAGCUAUGGCGGACGAUUUUGUUUGCAAGGGGCAGAAGGCCGGCGGAGGCUAGAUCGGAAUUGUGA